AUGCUUUUGCAAAAUGCGAGAAUAAACAAACUCAAGAAUAUUUCUAGAAGACUGUUUGAGAACACACAAGAUGAUAAAGAAGAAUUCGAAAAAAGAACGUGUCAUGGUAUCCAGAAUGAACCUGUUCAUUUAGAAAGCGCAAAUACACCGACACACCAGACCUCCAAAAAUCAUUGUGAAUCAACUCGCAAUGAAGAAGACGUUAACCAAAAUGCAAAUGAAGAUAUUUUUAAACACAAUCUUGGAUGUAAUAUUGUGCCUCCCCAAGAAAUCACACCUAAAGAUCACCAGAAAGCUGAACAGGAGGAACCACUUCACGUGGAUGAAAACUUGCCUCCAAAUGAACAACUUCAGGCAGAAAGAAGAAAUUCCAGGUCAUAUACCUCCAGUCGUGCAUCUCCACGUGAUUUUUCACCUGCUUCAGACGAUGACCCAAGUUACUUAACAUUAAAACCAUCCACUGCAAACCGUCGACGAUCAGACUCUUCUUCUUCUUCAGAUUCAUAA